UCCCGAGGCCCCGCCCCCUGAGUCUGGGUAACGGCGCCAGGGCCCUGAGUUCGGUGAGCGGCCGGACAACGAGAGAGUAGGUGACAUGGCCACAAGCUGGGAGAGCCUCUUGCAAGAUGAGCAUCUGCUGGAGGAGCUGGCUCUGCAGGCCAUGGACCGGGCCUUGGCUGAGGGUGUGUUGCUGAGGACUUCGAGGGAGCCCAGCUCCUCAGAUGUGGUGAGCUAUGCCCCUUUCACGCUCUUCCCCUCACUGGUCCCCCAAGCCCUGCUGGAGCAAGCCUAUGCUGUGCAGAUGGACUUCAACCUGCUAGUGGAUGCUGUCAGCCAGAACUCUGCCUUCCUGGAGCAAACUCUCUCCAGCACCAUCAAAAGGGAUGACUUUACUGCCCAUCUCUUUGACAUCUACAAGCAAGUCUUGAAAGAGGGCAUUGCUCAGACUGUGUUCCUGGGCCUGAACCGCUCAGACUACAUGUUCCAGCGCAGUGCGGAUGGCUUCCCAGCUCUGAAACAGAUUGAAAUCAACACUAUUUCUGCCAGUUUUGGGGGCCUUGCCUCCCGGACUCCAGCUGUACAUCGACAUGUUCUCAGUGUCCUGAGUAGGACAGAAGAAGCUGCCAAGAUCCUCUCCAAUAAUCCCAGCAAGGGACUGGCCUUGGGAAUUGCCAAAGCCUGGGAGCUGUAUGGCUCAACCAAUGCUCUGGUGCUACUGAUUGCUCAAGAGAAGGAAAGGAACGUAUUUGACCAGCGUGCCAUAGAAAACGAGCUACUGGCCAGAAACAUCCAUGUAAUCCGGCGAAGAUUUGAAGAUGUGUCUGAGAAGGGGUCUCUGGACCAAGACAGGAGGCUGUUUAUGGAUGGCCAGGAAGUUGCUGUGGUUUACUUCAGGGAUGGCUACAUGCCCAGUCAGUACAGUGUAAAGAACUGGGAAGCACGCCUACUGCUGGAGAGGUCAUGUGCUGUCAAGUGCCCAGACAUUGCCACCCAGCUGGCUGGGACUAAGAAGGUGCAGCAGGAGCUGAGCAGGGUGGGCGUGCUGGAGGCGCUGCUCCCUGGCCAGCCCGAGGCUGUGGCCAGACUCCGUGCCACUUUUGCUGGCCUCUACUCACUGGACAUGGGUGAAGAAGGGGACCAGGCCAUUGCUGAGGCCCUUGCUGCUCCAAGCCGGUUUGUGCUAAAGCCCCAGAGAGAGGGUGGAGGCAGGGAAAGACACUUGUGAUGAACAAGCAUGUGGGGCAUCUACUUCGAACCAAAGCCAUCGAGCAUGCUGAUGGUGGUGUGGCAGCAGGAGUCGCAGUCCUGGACAACCCAUACCCUGUGUGAGGACACAGCCUGACUAGCCUCGACAUCACUCAAGAGACCUUCUAUCCCCUACACUUGUCAUUCCUCUCCUAGCCCUCCUGAGGGGUUGUCGUCCUCCCAUCUUAGGAGGGCUGGACUCUUCUAAGACCUCCAGGAUCUUCAGGGAAUGGUAAAUGCUGAGUAUCUUCCUCCAUUCUCCAUCUGAGGACCGGAAAGCUGUGUUUCCCCAAAUCCUUAGGGUGUGGGAAGAGAAGCUCCUUUGACAUAAAGGUCCAUAAACUCUGCCACCCUCCUACUGGCCCCUCAUCAGCCUUUCCAGCAAGUUUCAGUGCCUGACUUGGGACGGGACCGAGUAAUAGGAGGAGGAGAGUAGAGGGGCAUAGCCUUUCCCCAGCUCUACCUUAAAUAAAACUACAUUGCUGAUUCCA